GAGACUCUGCAGUGAGGCGUGAGGCGAGGAAAGGCAGGCAGGUGGGCGAGGCAGGGCGGGGCGUUUAGUGUUCUUCAACCUUCACGGCCUAUUUGAGCCCACUGAAUCUGCCACGAGCGGUGUUUUCCCCCUGUCAGGUACUCAGUUGUUAUUUGUGGAGAAAUGGGGACCCAAUAAGCAGUCCCUCGCGGCCCAGUACUGGCGCACAUUCUUUGAUAAGCUGUGGUGCGGAGUGUUAGGUCAUCGGCUAGCGAGCUGUUCUGGGGCUUUGAGAUUUGGCGUUCAGUAGACAAGAAAACAAAACGAACUUUAAAGAAAGGGUGAUAGUUACUCCACUUAUGAUGACACAGGAUAGAAUAUAUAUAAUUGUUACUGUAGUCAAAGAUAAAUCUCGCAGAAGGAUCUAAUAACAAGUGUGUCCACCGGAACGAAUAAACGAAUAAAACUGCGAUAUAAAGGAGAUAAAGUAAGAUAACUGUGAUGGCCACUGCAGGAAAUGUUAAACCCGUCGAAAGGAUCUGAUAGCGAGUUUCUUCCCCGGGCCGGCCCUGGAUGGAAGGGUAAGACGGAACGAGAACAAUUUAAAUACAAAUUAAAUAACUUUGCACGGAACUAAGUGUCGACGGCCCAGGCAGCUUAUCUAGGAAAAAAAUCGAAAAAGGAGAAAUAGAGAUCAGCGGGCCCAGUCACGCUCACGCACGUCUGUACGCCACAAUGGUUCAGGCACGCGGCGUCACCCCGGUGCUGGCUGUCCUCCGUGCCCUGGGCGGCUUCCCGUACACGUGGUGCCCCAGCCGGCAGACUGAGGGUGUGAGGGUGUCGUGGGUUGCCGCCGCCUGGAGUACUCUGGUCGUGAGCGUCAUGAUGAUCUUUUGUGUGGCCUCCGUCACCACGCACUACACAUUGCAUCUUGGGGCACGACACGUCAUGCGCCACCUCCUCAUCACCUACUGGUACCUGCUGGUGAUGGUCCUCUACCUGUACCUGGCCAUGCGUGCCCACCGCCUCGCCAGGGUGCUGCGGCUGCUGGCGGCGGCAGGCGUCAGCGUGUGGCGGCGAAGCUGGGGGCUGGAGGACGCCCCCGUGAUGGCAGCAGUGGCGGUGUUCCUGACGGGGACGUGUCUCUCCAUUUCCUUCACCGACAUCUCGACGUCACACCCUGUUGGCGAUGUGCUGAGACUGAUGGCUGACCGCACGGCUGACCUCACCAUCACCGUGCUGCUGACCGUGUUCUACGCCCUCGUCAAGCUGCUCAGCGUCGAGAUGGAGGACACGGUAGCCGCCCUCGCCUACGCCACGACCACCGCGCUGGGCAGGGGUGUGAGUGGCUCAGAAUGGCACACCCCAGACACCAGCACACAGCGCCCCCUGUCACACUCCCAUCACAGCAUCACCAACACACAACAUCCCCAGACACCCCAGCAACACAAAUUCCGCAACUCGCUCAUCACGACCACCACAACCCAGGAGCACGCCUUCCAGUCCCCCUCACCCUCAGGCCGCCGCUCUAAGCACCCUGCAGCAGCUCUCCUCCCCCACGUGAGCCCCGUUCUCCAUCUGCUGGCCCUGGACGACGUCCUGCGCGAGGUAGUGGGGUACGCCAGCCCACCCCUGUUGCUGCUGCUUCUCAACGCCGCCGCCUCCACCACCAUGUUCCUGUACAGCGCCAUAGCCACCAGCAGCGCCUACUACAUGGGCUUCAUCUCCGUCCUUGUCGCUAGGAUGGUCCAGAUCGUCCUCAUCCCUGACCCGAUGACCAGGAAGAGAGAGGAAUGUCGGCGGCUCUUAUCUGGUCUGAGACUCCAACACCCCGACAGGACCACAAUGAGACAGGUGGCCCAGGCGGAGGAGGUGCUGGCGGGCGGCUCACACUUCACCCUCUGCGGCCUCUUCACCCUCGACAGGCAGACCUUUCUUACCGUAUCCAGCUUCGUCGUCACCUACCUGGUCAUCACGCUUCAGUUCGAGAUGUCCAGUGACUCAAGUGACCAUCGAGCUUCCGUCUGUCCUGCCAACACCACCUCGGAAUGAUGACUCUACCUGUCUGUCUGUCUGUUUGUCUGUCUGUCUUUCUGUCGGUUUGUAUCUAUCACUCUCUCAAAACACACACACACACACACACACACACACACACACACACACACACACACACACACACACACACACACACACACACACUUUUUUCGCUUCCAAUUUCAAUAUUUAUAAAUGUAUAGGGUGAAGAAGUCAACGAUUCCGUGUAAUAGAAUAAACUUUAUAGCCAGCACCUCCGCCAUGCGGCAGCCUCUUUAACAUGCUGCCGUAAAGUACAAUAGAAAACUCACGCGCAUUUCCCGCGUUCGUACCUGGACAGUUAUGAGGUAAUAAUAAGUGUGUGUUUACUGCAUGAGGGAAGCCUGCACUGACAACCAACCGAGACUGAACAGAUACUUAUGACGUGAAAUAAAAAUAUGAAGUAACUAAUUGUGUCACAGGUUUCUUAUGGUCGAUGAAAUUUUAGUGUAGAGGAUUGUGAAGCUUAAGUGUGUCCAGCAUGAAGGGAUUCGCUGUUAAGAGUAAAUGGUUAAAGCACUUGCCAGUUGUCUUUUUAAUUAACCAAUAAGAUCGUGAUCAGUGAGUGUGUGUGUGUGUGUGUGUGUGUGUGUGUGUGUGUGUGUGUGUGU